CAUGCUCAGGGAACGGGCGGUGCCAGAGGUGCCUCCGCCCGAGCUUCGCCGCCGAUAUAAAGCUGUGCGGCAACCUGAGCGCCGUCAGUGCAGCGGCAACUACGAUAGUUUUUAGGUUCACGGUGGCAAGAGCCUCCGUAGAGGAAUAAUCCUAAAGGAUUCGUUCGUGCAGUGCAGCAGACUUGCUCUCGGUGUUCCGUGUUGACCGCAGGUCCCUCCGAGAGACUCCCCCAGUCGGGCGUGGAUCAUGGUGGCCUCCGACAUCAAGAAGGCGUGUCCGGGCGUGAACGCUGGGCCCGACACGAGGGCUCUCAUGGUGCAACAUCUGCUGGACGACACCGCCGACGACACGCUGGAGCUGCUGCAGUACUUCCGGCACCUAGUGACCUGCACCACCAGCCCGUCCUUAGAAGUAGCGAUCGAGGAGAUGGCUGAAAAGAGGUGCCUCCCCAAGAUUGUUGCUUUUCUCCACCAUCAUCGAUUGGAGCUGCAAAAAGAAGCGGCGUGGGUGUUGGGUAACGUAGCCGCCGAAACAACGCGUCACAUUCCAGGGAUUGUUCAAGCCGGCGCUGUGGCUCCCAUGGUUGGUCUUCUUAGUUGCAGCGAUUUGUCGGUCCAAAGUGUGAGCGCCCAAAGCCUCGCAAACAUUAGCUCACUGUGUUCUGGUCGGGACCAAGCCCUUGCUCAUGGUGUCAUCACUCCUUUACUAAAACUGCUCACGAUGGACAAAAUACCGAAGGGCGCCUCAAUGCUGCUACGGAACCUGUGCAUGGGCCGUGAUCCGCCUCCGAGCCUGAACUGCCUGACGCCCUGCCUCCCGACCCUCUCCCGCCUCGCCCUUUACAGUGAUCCUGAGGUCUCGGACGACGCCUGCUUUUCUCUUGUCUCUCUCAUCCAGAUGUAUGGACUCCGCCUGAGCACCACCCUUCUUUCAGAGCUACUGGAACUUCAAAGAAAGAGUCCUGAGCGAAGAGGAUUUAGGAGGCUUAUCUCCGAACUCAAAAAGACAACACUGUCGUCGUCCUCUUACUCACAGGCGGAUGCAGUUAACGGGUCGACGAAGGAGGCAGAACCAAAGUCCCCGCAGUGCAAUUCAACGCUUAGAUCAGCACGCCACACGCUCGUUGGUAAAAAUUCACGGAGUCCCUCGCCUCCUUGUUCCAUCAGUGGAGUGUCCACCAGAAACAACGCAAAGAGGAUGAAGACCGAUCCCUUGGCGCCGAUUUGCAUCUCCCCCCUUAAGCCUACCACUAGAGCUUCGUCACAAAGACGCAUCAGCAUAACCCCAGACCACUCGGCUUCGCACAUCUUCCAAAAGAAGAAUGAACUGUUUUGGGCGGUGAGGGAAGGAGAACUGGAACGCGUAGAACAUAUUGUGCGCCACACAGGUCCAGGCGUCAGGAGUGGUGCGAGAGGCUGCACGCUUCUGCACGUGGCCGCAGAAAAUAAUCAGCCGCACGUGGUUCUGUUUCUCUUGGAGCUCAUCAGUCCUAACACUGUCAACAACGACGGCCACACCGCGGCUCACCUGGCCGCCAUGAAGGGCCACACUCAGGUGUUGCGUAUUCUGUUGAGUGAUCCACUGUUGGAUCCUGACAAACUCGACCCUUCUGGCCACAGCUACACACACUGGCUUGCCACUCACUUAUUCGAAGCAGUUCUAAAAGAAGACGUGAGAAGAGUGCGCUCACUGCUAAGUGUUGGAGCUGAUGCUGACCAAGAAGUGGGCUGCGCGGGCAGGGGACCGCUGGGCCGCGAGCUGCAGGUCACCUCGGCCCGACAGCUCGCCAGAGCCCUGCGUCACAAAUCUAUCCUUCGAGCACUUGAUACAGAACCCCGAAUGGCAGGGACCCCCAAGGAAAUCACCUGCAGCGUCCCACAAAGCUCCGCUGCGCUCGAGUACUUACCGAUGGGUACUCUGGACCUCCCUGUGGACGUGUCUCCAACCGAGAUCAGCGGGAAGAACGUGUACAAGAUGGACGCCGCCCCCAGGGGCUACGUCUGUCUCCUCGGCUACGGAUCUUUCAAGGGCCGUCCGGACCUAAACCUCGAGGGUUCAGAAACCGACGCCCACAACCUGGCCAACAUAUUCAGCAAGAUGGGGUACAGUGGCCGCGCCCACUUCUCCCUCACGGCCAAACAGACGCGGCAGCAACUGGCUGACCUCAGGGACAAUAAGAUGCUGGAGCAGGCCGGCUGUGCCGUCUUCGUUAUUUCUAGUCACGGCGCUUCUCGCCGACACUUUCUGACCAGCGACAUGCAGACCAUCGACACUCAGUGGGUGCUCGACUUCUUCAAGGACUCACAGUGUCCCUCCCUGAAGAACAAACCAAAAAUAUUCAUCUGGAACUUGUGCCGCGGACACCUGCAGGAGGAGAGCGGCCGAGGAGGCAGCCAGGGCGAAGUGAGCAGCCGAGUGGACGAACCGCUGCGGGAUGUGAUGUGCCUCGAGGCGGCAAGCGGAAGCUUCAGCUGGCACAGCUUCUCCGAGGACGCAACUCCCUUCAUCGGGGCGCUGUGCCGCACUCUGGCGCGCCACGCCGCCACCAAGGAGCUGACACAGCUGUACAGAGACUUUCUGCAGGAGUACACCGACGUGGCCCCCGAUGCUGUUCCGCAGCUCACUAACCACGGCUUCAGUAAGAGGUUUUACUUUAAUCCAACAAAGACAUCUCUAAAUUAAAUGUAGGCUUAAAAUACAGUUAUGGUGCGUAAUUUUAUACGUGUUCUUAUAUUAGUGACAAAAAAUGAGGUCUUUUAAUGAUUGUAUGCAGGUUUUACUCGAAAAAUAUUUCACGUUGAGUUUACCGGUACGAAGUUCUUAGAAUAUAAAAGGAAAAAAAAAUGCACUUCUGCGUCCUCUUGGUUGUUGUUGUUGUUAAAGAUCUACCCCUAGUAUCACUAGGGGAACGGGCCCUUGUCCGAAAACGGCCCGUUAAGAGGGUAAAUAUGCUUCCUCCCUGCACGGGGGAGCACGGGCUUAGCCUAAUGGCGGCCUGUAGCAGGGUGCCGACAGACCGACUCUAUCGGCGAUCGAAAUCUAGCCGACCGAGUCGGUCUGUCGACGAUGACUGGCGUAUCACUGUCCUCUUGGUACUGCGUUUACGGUAAAGCAGCUGGUUCUGUGCGGCGGGCAGAGUUUUUUACUGCGAUAUCUUCCGAAAACGCUUUGCUGUUUGUACCUGUAUGCAUUUAGUCGAAAAUAAUUUUAGCUGCAUUUAAAAUAUAUUAUAAUGUUAGUUGAUAAAUAAAAAUAAUACAAAGUUGUUUUGAAACUUUUACCAUUAAAAGACAACACGGGAGGCGGCAGCGGAUAACUAAAUUAAAUAAGAAAUUUAAGGAAUAAUCAACUGAUUGAUUGUAACCACAGAAAGCUGCGUUGCUUGCUAGACUAGGCUCAUCUAGGUUUAAUUAAAGAGCUUCAUGUAGUGUAUGUUUCGUGGCAAUCGGAUGCCAUCAGUACAUCACAAGAAGUAAAUAGCGCCUCUAGUACCCGGGUCAGGGUACCGUGUUAGGUGCGUACACUGACGACACCCGGGUCAGGGUACCGUGUUAGGUGCGUACACUGACGACACCCGGGUCAGGGUAUAGUGUUAGGUGCGUACACUGACGACACCCGGGUCAGGGUACCGUGUUAGGUGCGUACACUGACGACACCCGGGUCAGGGUAUAGUGUUAGGUGCGUACACUGACGACACCCGGGUCAGGGUACCGUGUUAGGUGCGUACACUGACGACACCCGGGUCAGGGUACCGUGUUAGGUGCGUACACUGACGACACCCGGAUCAGGGUAUAGUGUUACAUCCAUUGACGGCAACCGGGUUUUAAGUGAAUAUCCUCGGCUCUUUCACUCACUCUCCUUUCAAUUUACUCAGGAUUAAUUCUUUUCACUCUUUUCGGACUGUAUUGCAUUGUCAUUAAUGAAUAAGAGAUUUCCAAAAGUGACUCACGGUCUCCAGCUUACUCUUUGGAGGUUGACCUGAAUUUUUUAAGUAUGAUCCUCGACAGUUAAAAAAUGAAACUUCAUUAUUCGCGACAGAGGUUUUUCCGCAAUUAGGUCCCUGAAAAUGAAACAUUAUGUUUAAAAAUUCGUGGUGGUCGGUGUAAAUGUACUUACUCUGAUGGCUUCCUGUAUUCGCAUCCUUGUGGAAACCGACCGCAUAUAUUUACUGCUUUAUGAGGAUUCUCUUUAAGAUAUUUUCAGGUGGUCCGCCUGGGCACAAUAUAAAUGGGAGCCGUAUUAUGACUUACAACCUUUGUUCUCAUUCGAAAUCUUCCCAGUGCGCGUGCUUCUUACGAGUACUCUCGCCUCUUUCUUGUGCCUCCCUUUUCCCUUUCCUUUCAAUUUGCUCAAGAUUAAUUAUUCUCGUUUUCUUUCUGU